CUGGUCGGCGCGUGCUCAGCCCAGACCAAAGAGGACGCUGUCCAGGAAGACAUCCGAGCCUUGGCGUCUGCUUUUCCCGGUUGCUACAGCAACGCCCAGCAGUACCACAAGCACGCCCAGCGGGGGCUGCCCCCCAACAGACGAAGCUUCCUCAUCCGCUCGGAGAUCUACCGCGUGUCGUCUGCGAUGUUCAACGAUUCCCUGACCGUCUUCUUUCAGGACUUCACCAAGUCCGCGCCGCAGCCUUUCAGGUCCGGGCUCUACAGCUUCGUAUUCGAUUACGCCAUGAACGUCUUCAGAAUGCGGACGAUAAAACUGGCAACGGACUUUCUCAAACUGGACCCGACGCACAAGUCCCGGGGGCACGUCAUCCCCAUCGAGUACAUCCACAGGGCGUUGCAGACUCAGAACAUGAGCGUCGCAGAUCUUCUCUCCUACAGGGCGUGCGAUAUGUUUUGGAAGCGGAUCGGGGAGAGCACGUUCGUCGGGAUAACGGGACCCCAGUGUCUCGGGGCGCUUGGGAAAGAGCAGGUGAGGGCACCGCGCACGGGAUUUAUUUUCUCACUCAGAGUGAGAUUUAUUUUCUCACUCAUUCAAAACUCGAGCGUUUGAACAUGUAUGAGAGUAAACGUAAUAUAUGAGAGAACACAUCAUUGUUGUGGGUCUUUAUGAGAAUAAACAUAAUAUAUGAGAGUAAACAUAUAUGAGAGUAUAUGUUCGAUUCUCUAUGAGGCUUUCUUUCUAGUUCUAUUGUUCAAUUUGUCUAGAAGAAAUGUGCGGGAAAUUGUUGGCAAUCCUCGGUGAUUUUUAGUAAACCCAUUCACCGUGCCCUGGUUGGGGGGAAUUAAUUGAUAAUUUUAACAAACCCCUAUAAUGAACUCUUAUUACAAAAUAUCAAUAUUUCUCAGAAGAAUACAUAAUUACAAUGUGGUCGAAGAAGUUGGUAUAUAAAAUCUCUACAGUGAACUCAAUUAAUGAAAGUAGUCAAACGAAGCCUGAACUUUUCUUUUCGGGUGUUUUUGUGAAGACUUCUUUUUAUUUACUUUUUAAAAUUCUUAUUACAAUUAAAUAGCUAAAAAUUGUAUAUAGUUUUGUUUUUUUUUUAAACAUUCAUAAUUAAAUUUAACAUACUAUAAAUUCCAACCAUUCUCAAUUAGGCAUAGCCAUAAAUAUAUCUUUUUGAAUUAAUUAUUAACAUAUUUUGGUUUAAAAAAAAAAAAAAUUAGUUAAUUUUUUCCCCAUCCAAACCAGGUCAGAAUCGGUGUCUCCAUGACGCUCACUGACGACAAACUCCUGCUGACAGAAGGAUGGUACAAUAUCAAGGACGGAACAAGCAUAUCCGAGGUCAAGGUCCCGUAUCAUCUCCAGAAGAUUAAAGCCAAGGACGCGGCAUCCAGGGCCGCCACUCUGUACAACGACUCCCCGAGCCCGGUGAAGCCCAAAACCAGACCCGCGUUCAAACCCAAAUCGCUGGAGACCAAGAAGGACUCGAUCCCAAGACGACGGAGCCGAGACUUUUACUCCAGGGGUCACGCGCCCGGACGUCAUGACGCGAACUUAAAUCACGGCAUCCACGACAGGGUUCUCGGCACGUUCAGCCAGCUGGCGGCUGCCUUAACGUCCGGAUAUGACGUCAGAUUCCGCGUGGAGCUGUCCGCGUGCUCAGUGCCGCCACAGAUAAAGCUGGACCGCUUGUCUUUCGGGGGCAAGAUCAGAGACUUUGUCUUCAUAAGACAAGACGGCGCCAAGAACGAACGGAACGACUAUAUUUACUCCGUGACCAAGACGACGGUGAUGGGGCCCCAGGGUAAGCAUGAAGUCAUUACUCUCAUCAAUGAACUCAAAAAU